AUGUUUCCGGACAUAUAUGACAUCUCGCGGCUAAAGUUUGUUUCGGUGGCGGCUAUGGGUGGUUGGUCGGAUGGAGGGUGGAAAUGGGGAAAUUUCGGGGUGUCCGAAGGCGAUGUGGUUGACAUGGGUGUGGAGGAGGAGUUUGCGGUUUUCAAAGGGAGGAUGGAGGACUUUAGAGGUUGGAUGGAUGGCAAGGACUCCGUGGAGUGGAAUGCCCCCGAGGAGGCGGAAUUUACGGUAGCCUCUUGUUACAAUUUUUAUAAUAAUCUCCGUAUUCCUUUUGGCCCUUCAAAUAGGUAUGAUGGUGUUUAUGAGUUGUUAUGGAAAUUGGAUGUUCCGUUCAAAAUCAAAGCGUUCGGAUGGAGAUUAUUUCUCAAUAGGCUACCGGUGAAAGACUUAUUGGAGAUUCGAGGUAUUCAUUUUCCUUUGGAUGAACUAAAGUGCUUGUUUUGUGAUAAUAGUUUGGAAAAUAGUAAUCAUUUAUUUUUUAGUUGCUUGGUGGUGAAAAUUAUUUGGAAUGAGAUAGCUAGGUGGGUUGGUAAAGGGGACACGGUUGUUGAAGAAUGCUUAUCGAGUUAUUUUUAUUGGCAUAAUUUUUUUGUAAGUAAAAAGGUGAAAGUUAGGAAGUUGGGAGUAGUAUGGUUAGCGACCACUUGGAUUAUUUGGUUGGUUAGGAAUGGUGGUUAUUUUCGGAAGGAAGCUUGGAAUGUAAAUAACACCGUUUGA